UCAUUGUUUGUCAUUUGAAUGAAUCAAUGCUUUCAUUUGUCUUAAGCAACAACUCAUCCAAAAUACUAAUCAUUAUUAUACUGUAUAUCAUAUCAAAUGGCAGAUAAAGGAGUUUCGGUUAACCAGAGUUGGGAUCCAUUGAAUUAUCCGCAAAAUUUGUUUGCAAACACAACCGUACGACCCGUGCGAUCGAUUCGAGCCAGAAGUUGGACCAAUUGUCUGGAGUCGACAAAUCAAUUGCAAUACGAAUUAGACAAAUGUUAUGAACAACUAAAACAUUUGGAAAAAGACAGGAAAAAGAUUGAAUGUCAACUAAAUGAAGCAUUUGUUGGCCACAGGAUUUCGUCGGCUAAUAACAUACCGAUUCAACGGAUGCCACCAAAUGCUACCAAAAUUGAUAAAAUCAUUACAGAUAUGUCUCGAGAACACGCAAAGGUCAUCACAAUUGUCUACAAAAUGGAGCAAUUGAUGGGUCGAGAGUUAGCCGAUACCAUACAUAACACUUUGGAGAAAUGGGUGGAAACACUUCGUCAUUUGCAAAUGAAACGCAAGUUUCAAAUGCAAAGAAAUGCCAUCAAUACUGUGGUCAAUGGUUUGUCUGACGAUCCGCUUAUGGAGCAGAUGUGUGCCGUAUUGAAGGUGUUGUCACUGACAGUGCGAUCCGUGCGAACAGCACUCUGGUCUUCGUCGGUCAUCAGUCUUUACGAUACAUUUCAAUGA